GCAGACAGGCCGCAGGGCGAAGCGAGCGCGUCAUCUCUACGUAGUCUCGUACCGUUCAGACUUCAGUUGGGUGUUGGGUCGAGUAGGCAGCUAGACUGCUAGAGUUAAUGCAAAACAGAGGUGGGACAUGAUGAAAGGCGCGUGUGGAAACAGUGUGUGUAGUGAUCGUUGAAACUUUUAAAGUUCGCGGGCCAAAAAAAAAAGGAGGGAGCGUCGGGAAGAGGUCAGCGACGCAAAAAGGAGAGGAUAGAUGCCGAGGACAUUAGACGCUGGACCGCCAUUGGAUGUGGAGGUGGAUUCGGGGACCGUUGACGAUGCUGGGAAAAUGCGUCGCGCGGCGGUCCGGGGCGAAGCCCCGGCUUCUCAUUGCACUGCCUACAUCACUUGCCUUACUGUUGUUACUUUGCGGAACUCUCGCGUCUGCAACGAGAUUGAGGCACUCGAGACACCUGGACGAGAGAUCGCAGUAUCUGGGCGAGGGUAAAUUAUCGCUCGAUGAAAAUCACAACCACAAGCCGGUGUUCUCCAAUUGUGCAAGUUACGCGCCAGUGGUGAAGGAGGAACAACCACCUGACACAACGGUGAUCCAGGUACACGCCGAAGAUAGGGAUCCACCGGAGGAAGGAGGUACCAUUACGUAUAGCUUUGCUAAGGAUCCUAAGGAUAGGUUAAAAUUCGCAAUCAACAAUAAAACGGGUCUCAUCACUACGACCCAGAUACUCGACAGAGAUGAACCCGCCAGAGAAAAAGAAGUUUAUCUCACGGUACUCGCGACUGACAAUGGAAGGCCGCAGCUAGAUGACCAUUGUACAUUCAAAGUCACUAUCGAAGACGUGAAUGAUAAUUAUCCUGAAUUUGACAAAGCGAAUUAUACAGAAUCUGUGCCGCAAGAUUUACCGGUGGGUCGUGAGGUCAUGCGAAUUUCUGCCACCGAUAUUGACAAUGGCAAUAAUUCUAUCGUCCGAUAUAGUCUGUCAGCUGAGAGACCGGAUGAUAUCGGAUAUUUUUGGAUCGAACGCGAAUCCGGUAUCAUAUUUCUCAACAAAACUAUAGACCGGAUUCCAGGUUCUAAAUUCGGUAUGAUAGUUAGCGCCACGGAUCUUGGUACCGAAAAGCCACUGAGCAGCAGCACGUCUUUUUACAUACAAGUUGUGGAAUCACAUAAGAAGGCGCCAUCUUUUGUACCAAGACCAGCAGAACCGAUCAAACUUAAAGAAGAUUUUAGAGAUUAUGAUGCUAGCAUUGUCCGUUUACAAGCAGUAUCCAACAUCGAUAAUUCUAGUAAUUCAGACAAUUUGUAUCUAACUUUUGAGCUGGUAAUUGGAACAACGGAACAAACUAAUAAAGAACAUACGUUUAGAUUAGAAUCUAAUAAAGAUGUAGCAGACAUCAAGUUGGGUUUGCAACUUGAUUAUGAGAAGAAUACGCAGUACUCGUUAAUAGUGAGAGUAAAAAAUAAUUAUCAGUUAGCUGCCGAAACGGUAGUCGAUAUCGAAAUUUUAGAUGUAAAUGACAACAUUCCAGUCUUUCGUGAUAUUAAAGGAGGAAGUGUUUUAGAAAACGAACCACCAGGAGUUUUUGUGAUGCAAGUGCGAGCCAUUGAUGCUGAUGGAACUUCUGCUAAUAAUCAGGUCACCUACGAGUUGGAUAACUUCAAGGAUUUCUUUGCCAUUGACCCGCAAACUGGUAAUAUUACAACGUUAAUGACAUUCGACAGAGAAAAACAACAUAUAUACAAUGUGAAAGUAAUAGCGACGGAUAAUUCUCCAAGUGCUUUGUUUAAAACUGGCGAACACAAUAAGGGACAACAGACGUUCCAAAUCGAAAUAGCUGAUAAGAACGAUAAUCCACCUCGCUUCACCCGCAAAGUCUACACCCAUAAUUCGAUUUAUGAAAAUGCCAACAUUUACGAGCCUGUAACUGAAGUCAAAGUCAUCGAUUCCGAUACGGCGAGUGUUAUUACAUAUAGCAUUAUAUCAGGCAACAUUGAUGACAGUUUUCACAUUGAAGCUACAACGGGAAAAAUUCGCGUGAACAAGCCGCUCGAUUACGAAAAACUCACCAAGUACAAUCUAACUGUGAAAGCGUUCGAUGGUCUGUUUAAUGAUACAGCACAAGUCGAGAUUUUUAUCGAAAAUGUUAAUGAUAAUCCACCAGUUUUCGAAGAUUUCGACAAAAAUCCGACAAUAGACGAAGAAAAAUUGGUAGACGGCUGCAUCACUACUGUGAUGGCUUAUGAUCCUGAUAUCGAAGACAGAAGUGCCGAUCAACAUAUUGUCUAUUUUAUCGCUAAAGAAGAGCAACAACCCUUGAUAGGAAUCGACAAAUUUGGUUGUAUGAAACUGAAGAAGCCAUUAGAUCGUGAUCCGCCGAAUGGUUUUUCAACAUGGACUGUUACCGUAAAGGCGAGAGAUGAAGAUGAUAGCCCAUCAGCCCUUCGAGAAUUAGUUACUGUUAAUAUUACUCUUAGAGAUAUAAAUGAUAACGCUCCUUUUCUCGAUAUGCAACCAGUUAUUUGGGGUGAAAAUAAACCACAUGGCAAGAUAACCGAGUUGAAGGCACGAGAUUACGACUCCGAUGAUAAUGGUCCGCCAUUCAAGUUCAGAAUCGACGAUACUGCGGACAAUGAAAUUAGAUCUAAAUUUGACAUACGUGAUACUAAUUUAUAUUCGCGUGUAAUGUUUGAUCGAGAAAGGCGGAAGAAUUACAACAUUCCGAUAGCGAUUACGGACAGUGGUGCGCCGCCAAUGACGGGUACCUCGACGCUUACUGUGAUCAUAGGCGAUGAGAACGACAAUCCCAUGCGCGAGGGUUCAAGUUCUAUAUUCGUUUAUAAUUACAAGGGAGAAGCUCCUGACACAGAAAUCGGACGGGUUUAUGUUAACGAUCCAGAUGAUUGGGAUUUACCUGAUAAAUCUUUCAAGUGGGCUUCUUCUCAUGACGGUUUCCAUCUUGAUACCAAUACUGGCAUGAUUACUUUAUUGUCAGGUACGACGAACGAUACCUUUGUAUUGAAAUUUAUUGUCACCGAAGAAGGUCAAGAUAUUCCAUUGCAUCAAGUAAAUGCUUACGUAAACAUUACUGUCAAGGAACUUCCCGAAGAAGCUGUUCAUAGAUCUGGUUCCGUACGAUUUUAUGGGAUAACAGCGGAGCAAUUUGUAGAACCUGACGAAUCUGGUGUCAGUAAAAAGGAUAUAUUCCAAGAGAAAUUGGCAACUAUGCUAAAUAUAUCGGUCGAAAAUGUCGACGUGUUCACCGUACUUCAUUCGCCUCAUCAUAAUAAUAGAAGCUUGCUGGACAUUCGAUUUUCGGCACAUGGCAGUCCAUAUUAUGCUCCUGAGAAAUUGAAUACAAUUAUAGCGCAACAUUCUAAAGAAAUUGAACGAGAGAUGAAAGCGGAUAUCUUAUUAAUGAACAUUGAUGAAUGCCUAUUCGAGAAGCUUCAUUGCAACGAUUCCUGCCGCAAUUACUUGAACACCAGUACCGUUCCAUAUGUCGUUUAUACUAACACCACUUCGUUUGUCGGUGUUAGGGCGGUCGCAGAUCCACUGUGCAUUUGUCAUGUGGCGGAACCUAUUAUCUGUUUAAACGGUGGUACUCCUCUGGCAGGACGAUGCGAGUGUCCCCCUGGUCUGGAAGGACCGAGAUGUGAACUAUUGGGUAUUGGCUUUCACGGAGACGGCUGGGCUAUAAUGCCGUCACCUGGUCAAGUUUGCGACGACUCACAUUUAGGAUUGGAAAUAACGCCACACGUGGACAAUGGUCUUGUAUUUUAUUUUGGCCCCAUGAAUUACAAUCCGAAGCUUCGAAUUCAGGAUUUCAUGUCUCUUGAACUUCAACAAGGCUUUGCUGUAUUGUAUGUUGAUUAUGGAACUGGAACUGUAAGACUAGAUCAAAAACAAAUUAAAUUAACAGACGGCAAGAGCCACAGAAUAGACGUUUACUGGAAGAAAACUUCCAUAGAGAUGGUAGUUGAUAAGUGCGGUAUAUCGGCUUGCAUGAGUCUUACUGCACCGCAAGGCACCAAUGAAUUUUUAAAUGUUAACAGUCCGAUGCAAGUAGGCGGUACAUUAACUAAUUUAGCGCAUUUAGCAUCAAAUUUAGGAUGGGAUUAUAGACCGACUAACAAAGGAUUUGUCGGUUGUAUACGCAAUAUGACACUCAACGGAAAUACAUACAACUUGGGUAUGCCAUCGUUGUCUAGAAACGCAGAUCCUGGCUGCGAUCAUGGCAUGGCAAAGGCAAUCUCGUUUGGAAUUGAUACAAACUUUAUAGUAGCUAUUUUAGUUUGUGUAUUGAUAUUGUUAAUAUUGCUUGUAGCGGUAGUUGUGCAUAGGAGAAAGACAGAUGAUAUGUAUAAAGAUAUGGACGAUAUCCGAGAAAAUAUUAUUAAUUAUGAGGACGAAGGAGGCGGUGAGGUUGACACGGGUUAUGAUUUAAAUGUCUUGAGAGCCAUUUAUGAUGCACCACCUAUUGAUUCGAAAAUAGCUCCAAUUGGCCUACAGGGUAGAGGAACCGAUGAAGUUCCAGAUAUUUGUGGUUUCCUAGAUGGUAAGAAAGAAAGUUGCGAUAAAGAUCCUGAAACAAAUCCAUUCGAUGAUGUAAGGCAUUAUGCUUAUGAGGGAGAAGGCAAUUCAGAAGGCGAUCUAUCAUCAUUAGCUUCCUGCACUGAUGAUGGAGAUCUCAAGUUUAAUUAUCUAUCUAAUUUUGGACCAAGAUUUAGAAAAUUGGCAGAUAUGUAUGGAGAAGAUCCAAGUGACGAUGAAAGCGACGGAAUUGGUGAACGAGGAAGCGAGAGUUGGUGUUGAAUUUUUCUAAAUGAAAACAUCGUAGAUAUAAAAUUUUAUCGCAGACCCGUUCCUGAUUGUGUGAAUCAUACAUGAGAAGCAUAUAUGCCACAGAAUUUACACUGUGUGUAUUUCCAAAGCCCCAGAUUCCAAUUAAUCAAAAUUAAUUGGAAAGAAACGAGGCUUGUACUUAAAUAUGGUCUCAUUCUAAUCGAAUACUCUAAUUUGACGAUUGAAGAAACGAAGAGCGUAUGAUACGUCAUCAUCGCAAUUAUAUGUAAUUAACGCGUAUGAUUUAUUAGUGGACGGAAUGACUUUUAUGAUUAUCAUGAGUGACUGUAACGCUAUGUAAACUUCGUUUACUCGUAAAAGUGAUGUGUAUCUUAUACUGAUUCUUAUAAUGAAUUUUUAUAUUGUGUCUAUAAAACCUAGACGCGCAUUUAUGCUAUACUUUUACGUUAGAAGUGAUAUAUGUGUAUAAGUGGAAUGAGAGAAAAUAAAGAUGAGAGAAAAAUUCAUUGUACAUUG